AUGGCGGACCUCUUAACGGUAGAGCAAAUCACCGAACUGAAGGAAGCAUUCGCUGUUUUCGACACAGAUUGCGAUGGCAACAUUACUGUUGAUGAUCUUUCUAAUGUUUUCGCGGCAAUUGGACAGAAAGUUUCCCGGGAAAAACUGCAGAUGAUGAUGAACGAAGCAGACUUAGACUCAAAUGGCGUGAUUGAUUUCCCGGAGUUUCUUACCCUUGUCGCUACGAAACUAAAUGACCCGGAGGAAAAAGAGCUCAAAUUGCGUCGGGCAUUCGAACUUUACGAUCUUGGUAACACUGGUUUCAUAACUACAACCGACUUGAGAAUCGUGAUGGAGCGACUAGGUUGUUACCUUACUCCGGAAAAGGCGUUCGAGAUGAUAAAUGAAGCGGAUUUAGACGGAGAUGGUCGACUAAGUUACGAGGAGUUCAGACGAGUUAUGGUCGAAGAUAGUGGAUCCAUACCGAAGAAGGAAGCGUUUUCAACCGAUUAA